CCCGCCGGCGGCAUGAGCCCUGCGGCGGGGCCUGGGCAGGGCGAGCCCUCACCGCCAUGGCCAAGGAACGGCCGCUGUGGCGAGGCUUGGCCUUUCGCCUCUGCCUGCUCUCUGCCGCGCUGUUCCUCUGCCUCCAGCUGGGCAUGAGGCGAUCCUGGUGCACGGAAGAGAAGCCCCGGCCGGCAGCGGCAGCAGCAGCAGCAGCAGCGGCGGGGCGGGCGCCUCCCCCGGCCCGCGGCACGGAGAAGCACCCGGUGGCGACGGCGGGCAGGAGACGGGUCACCUACGUGCGGAGCGGGCGGCGGGGCAGCGGCGGGCCCGGCUGCUGCCCGUUAGAGCCGCUGGGUGGCCGCCGCAGGAAGGCUGUAAAAUGGCACAUAGAGCUACAGCCAUGGGCAAGUCCAACUCCUUCCCUUGACAAUGAGGCCUUGAGGUUCCUGAAAUACAUUAGUACUACUCAGAUUUCAUGUGAGCACAUGAACCUGAACAGCCUGAGAGGGCACUCUGAAACUGCAAAAAAGCCCUGGUCUGUAUGCCUUGACGAGAGGUUUAGCCUCAUUCAUCGAAUCAGAAGCAAGCAGUGCCGUCUUUAUUCUCUUGGGCUAGGCAAUGAUGACAACCAGUUUGAGACAAACAUGGCCAACGGUGGAUGUGAGGUGCAUCGCUUUGACCCCAGCAUCAAGUCAGCACACAUUCAGGAGGGUCGGCACCUCUGGUAUCAUCGCCUGUCCAUUGACUGGAGGGAUCCCAAUCCAGCCAUUGCUGCUCAUAAACUUCACAGCAACACGAAGAAGCUGGGCACAAUAUUGAAUGAAUUUGGACAUCAGAAGAUUGAUGUCCUCAAGGCAGAUGUGGAGAGCGCAGAGUGGAAAAUCUUGGAAAACCUGAUCCUGGAAGAUGUUGUUGAGCAGAUAGGACAGCUGGUCUUCGAGGUGCACAUCCACUGGCCUGGGUUUGAGGUCAGCGGCAAUGACAGCACUGUGGUGCGGUACUGGUACAGUCUGCUCCGGGAACUGGAGCUGAAGGACUUCAGGCUUUUCCAUACCUACAAAGACUUAUCAAAACCACAGAUGUUUCUGAAAAAGGAAGCCUUCAAUGCCAGUAGCUGUUACACACUGAGCUGGGUAAAUACAAGAUGGAAAUAGCAGAGAGAAAUUUAUGAUGUGUGACUGUGAGACAUCUGGCCCUGUAGCAUUAUUGAAGAGGACUUUGGCGUCAUUGGGUAAAGUUCCUAAGUAUGCACACAGUGACUGCUAACAAAAUAGACUGGGUUUCAUUUUUAUAUGUGGUUAAAAGGACCAGUGCUAGGAGAAGAUACAUGGUGCAGAUUUGUACAGCAAUGUAUUUGCCAGCGGGUACACUCUCAGAGGACAGAGGUUUCUGUAAAGGUCCAUCUGGGGGGUUAACAGCAUGGCUUUCCCAGGCUGCCCUGUGUCUGAGUGUGCCAGCAUGGAGGGCAUCCCUCUGGGUUUGCCCCGGGAAGCUCUGCUCACUGAGCUGUGCUGGCCCUCUGGCAGGGGAGUGCUCAUGAGGAGGUGCCUUUCUCAGGAAGGGUCAAGUUUUACUUCUCUGUAAAGCCAUCAUCUUUGAUUUGCACCUUCUUUACUUUGGCCUUGUUUCCUAUAGAACAAAUUUUAGGGAAAAACAGUAUGUUCCUGAACCCACUGGCAAAUUUCAGCUGAAUUUGGCAGAGGCAGAAAUUGCCUCCAAAUUCCUACCUGUUUUGUUGAGCAGCUUCUGAGAGCUCUGAUUUCGGCUCUUUAAGGCAGUCUGGCUGCAGGAAGUGAGUUCAGUGCUACUCACGCAGGAGAUAGUGGGACAGAGAGACUCGCCUGCCGGAAAAUCUGAUAUCAAGUGCUCCCACUCCUCAAACUCUGGUGGCUUCAGCCACAGAAGCCAUGACUUCCCUAGUUCAUCUGCUCAGAGAAUGGCCUGUUUUAAGUUACACUUACGAUGGCCAUAGCAAAUGGUUUGUCAUCUAGUGAGUUACUUGUUUAAAAGGGCUGAAAGUGAAGCCUGGUCUUCUCAGUUUGUUUGUUUCAGAUUUAGGUGAAGGUUUUGCUGGUGCCUUCUCCCAUGCUGUGCCUGUUCACCUGCUGUGUCCUCACCACUGCCCUGGCCAGGCUGGUUCUCCCUGGCACAAGGAGGCCAGACCCUGGUUCUGCACUGAUGCUGGCAGAGGUGCUGGCACAGGAAGGUGCCCUGGUCUGCAGCCAUGCUGAGCUCUGCAGGCUGAUGUGCAGGUUGUCUGCAGUGCACUCCCAGGAGCCUGCCUUGGCAGUUCCCUGAGGAGCUA